CGUAUGGUGUACUAAUGCUCGGGCAUGAAUUGAAUUCCCGCUUGGUUUAAGUUAUUGUUGCGCGGACAUUUUACGGGUCAAUCCAUAUCGACUGUGUGAAGGAAUUUCACAUUCACACUGACAUCGAGCCCAGCACAACUAUAUCACCAUAGCUGUGGUAUGCCGCUUACGUCGGAAUAUAAAUAUUGUGAUAAUCGUGCUAGUAUAUUUUAGAUAGGCAUAAUCACAGAGUGCUGCAUGGAUUGAAAACUGCGCUGAAUAGGCCUUCAACCUGCAUAGAAUUCGGCCAGCGGAGGGGCGAUUGAAGAUACUGUGAUGACUGACUGAGGCGGGUGAUCGCACGCACAGAGAACGAGAAAGGGUCAUCGGCAAUCGUGGGAUGGCGACGGCCAAGGAUGCAGCCUUGAGAUGAGUCUUCUCCUGUACUAGACUGUAUGAGACAAAUCAUCAUUCCAAGGGGACACAGACAAUAAUCGAAGAACGAUGACGCACUGACAGUGGAAAGGAUGUGUGUUGAUACCAGAGCUUGUUAUGAUAUUUCUGAUGGUAUAUCGAUUAUCUUUUCAUCGCUUCAUGUGUCAUCUCUGGCACCAUUCUGUGACCGCGCUUCGUUUUAUUCCACUGACCAUGAAUGGAGCUUGCUGACGCCAGUAUCAAAAUCCACGAGGAGAACCAGGCCAGUGGUGCACGCAUGUUAUUAAAUUUUCAGAAGAAUUAUUUGUUUGCGUUAAAAGAGUUUAUAACUGCUUUUUCCUGCGCAGGAUAGGAACUUGCGAAAGGCAUAGUCGUGCAGCGCAGGUGUGUAGUAAUCAGUUUUAUCCCUGUGAACAAAAUUACCCACUGAACCGGUAUUCACAAUUCACCUCAUGGUGUUCAGCCUUGACAUUCUACGAGAAACCAUCGAACCGCAAUUCAAUAGUAACACCAAAUAAAUCGACGACCGCAGUCCACUGACAACCAACGUUGUAACACGCACACACACCAUCCACACAGGAUCGACAGCUCCAGAUGAAAUACUAAUGCGGGGAUUUUUGUGGAUCUAUUUGGGAUAGAUAUCGCCACCAUUGGAAGUUGAGUGGCGACAUCAGCUUGGUUAACAGCCCGGUUCACUUCAGUCAUCGAAGAUCUCAUCUCUUCUGUUUUGGGAAGUAUACGGAACGCGGAGUAUAUUUUCGAUGACCGGUGGUUGCCGAGUUGCAUGUCCCGGCCGUCAAUUUAAAGUGCAGACCCCACCGCAGUUCCGUCUUUCACGCGCUGAGUGCCUAUCCUGCAUCGACGGAGCCGUCGGGGACUUUGCUCGUUAUCAACAAUUGUGAGAUAAUUCUAUAUUUGAACAUCACGGUCUUUCGGAAGUUUGGCAAUCCAGCAAAGCCGUAUGAAUUGCUCUGUAUAUUGCUGUCCGCGAGUACAGCGCGAACAGUGUCGUUGGGGGCAUCUGCAUUCAUCUUAAACCUAUAAAAAAACACUGACCGACUAGGUCAAACAAUUCUUAGAGAAAUACUUUUAAGCUCAAAAAAGGAUUAAUCGAUCCAAACACACUGACCGUGAAAUGACACUUGAGUUGAAUGGCUGCCUAAUUAUGAGCAAAAUGGCCGUGUAAACGAAGGACAGGGACAGUUUACGAGAGUCCCAUCAAUUGUCGAAAGUGAAAUAUUUCACUUAUCCCCUGAAGCUGGAAGAGCUAGGUUGUGAGGCAUAUUCGAGGAAGUGUUGCGCAUUCGCCCAGCAUUCACCUUUUCGCGUUUUGUACAGUUUCCUAUAAAACCAUUUCGCUGCAUUGAAUAAAAUCGAAAGUGAAAAGUUCUCCAUUCAGGAAUUCGAUGUGAGUUUUAAAUUCAGUAUGCUGUGAGCCCUACACGCAGAAAAUUUCAACAUUCGUAGACCACAGCAGUCUCUGCGUGUACAAGUUCCACAUUGCACCGAGUAGUUGCUCCUCUUCCAGAGAGCCUUUUCAGAUUUAAUCCAAACUUGCCAGAUAAGAUUAGGCUGCAGCCUCCCAAGACACAACUCGAACUGAACUUGACAUUUGCGUCGUCCUUCCAGAAGUGUGCAAUUUUGUGCCAUUUCCACGCCAGGGGGUUCGGUUCGCUGCACUUUUUUUAGCCAAGAGUGUGGUCAUCGGGCAGCGUGUCAGCGCACGGAAGGCGAGUGAUUUGUUAGCCCUUUGAAGUCGUCUCUGAGAAGGAUCAUCGUUCUUCCAUGUCGUCCAACUUUUUGCCAACUUUUGACAAGAUGCCGAAAUCUCAAGUGGGUAUUCAGCAACCGGGUCGCGAAUAUGUCGGGUUUGCCACCCUGCCGGACCAGGUGCAUCGCAAAUCCGUCAAGAAAGGAUUUGAAUUCACACUGAUGGUCGUAGGAGAAUCAGGUCUUGGUAAAUCGACCUUAGUAAAUAGUUUGUUUCUGACAGACCUGUACAAGGAAAGACGGGAACUAACUGCAGAUGAGCGUAUCGAGAAGACAGUAGAUAUUCAACGAUGUUCAGUCGACAUCGAGGAGCAGGGAGUUCGGCUCAGAUUGACUGUGGUCGACACACCGGGUUUCGGGGACUCGGUCAAUUGCAACGACUCAUGGACACCGAUUAUUGACUACAUUGAAGAACAAUUCGCCCAGUAUUAUGAGGACGAAAGUGGUCUGAAUCGUAAGAAUAUUGUGGACAACAGAGUUCAUUGCUGUCUCUACUUUAUCUCACCGUAUGGACACGGAUUGCGACCCAUUGAUAUUGGCUUUAUGCAACGACUCCAUGACAAGGUGAACAUUGUACCUGUAUUGGCAAAGGCAGAUUGCCUGACGCCAGUUGAAGUUCGGACACUGAAAAAUAGGGUAAUGCGCGAGAUUCAAGAGCAUGAUAUCAACAUUUACAGCUUCCCUGACUGCGAUUCCGAUGAGGAUGACGAUUACAAACAGCAAGACAAGGAGCUGAAGGAGAGCGUUCCUUUUGCAGUAAUUGGCAGUAACACGGUGGUGGAGGUGGGAGGCAAGCGAGUGCGUGGUCGACUCUACCCCUGGGGUAUAACUGAGGUGGAGAAUCCCAAACAUUGUGACUUUGUGAAACUGAGAAACAUGCUUAUUAGGACACACAUGCAGGACCUGAAAGAUGUUACACGUGACCUGCAUUAUGAGAACUAUCGCCUGCGGAGAAUCCAAGACGAGACAGAUAACCCAGACGUCAAGCAGGAGCGACUGAACUCCAUCCGGAAGGACUCCAUUGCCACCAAAGAGGUCAGUGAGAAGGACCGGAUGCUGGAGGAGAAGGAAGCAGAGCUGAGGAAGAUGCAGGAGAUACUGCUGAAGAUGCAGGCCGAGAUGGCCAAGCAGCAAAGCAACGGCGGCAGCAACAAGGGCAGCCUGGCCGACCUGGCUACGAACAACAAUGCUGAGAGCAGCGACACGUCUUCCCUCCCUGGGGAAAUGAACGAUCCUAACGACAGCAGGAGCAGCACUGUGGAAGUAUGAUGAUGAGGUUCUAAAGAGUUCCUAACCAGUGACAUCUUAGUACAAUCCAGCAGUCCACCAUUUUGAUGCGGCUCUGUUACUUUGGAGACAAAAGCUAGUACUCUCAAGAUGGCCACUGAAUGUUUGCAAGUGAACUUGAGGAGGGCCAUGAGAAGGGUAAUUGAGUAUUAUUACUUUAGGUUGGGGGUUUCCAGAGAUAGUUUGAGGGCACUGUUGUCAGGUAACCUUGUGACAAGAUAGUCAGGUUGGCAAGCAGUCUCAACAUCUCAGAGGUACCGUAUUAUAAAAUAUUUUCUGGGUCAUUGUCAGAGUAGCUUGUACCCUAUAGAAAAGCAGUAGAAUGCAGUUUUGUGUUAACAUUUUGCAUAUUAAGUUCAAAUUUGCUGAAACAGUGAGCUUGGAAUGUUGCUGCAUGUCAUGUGGGAAACAAUGGCAUUUGUAAAUAUUGAUCAUGACCACCAAAUGUAGCAUGCACUUGAUGCCAAUGAUGUACAUACAGAAUUCCAGUCUAAUUUUUGGCAUGUCAAUAAGAAAAGCUAUGCAGGCUAGGAUCUGAUAUCAUAUCCAUUUGCAAUGAUUAUUUUAAAGGGUGCUUGAAUGAACAAAUUCUUUAAAAAUUGUUAUUUAAAAGCAGUCUUUCACUUUAGAAAGAAUAGACAGCUGAAGGAAAGAUGUCAUCUCGGCCAAGUAUUUUGAAGAGUUUUAAGUAAGGAUUCUUCUUAUGGUGCUCCUUGGAAGGGGCAGGGCUUUUUAAGUUCCUCCUAUCACUGCAUUUAGAACAGACCGAAACGGUUAUGCAAUUGCUAUACAGUGGCUUAAAUCUCUGACAGUGGGGACACGGGGAUGACCAAAAUCUAUGUACACGUACAUGUACUGCUCGUCCAAAGAAGUUGAAAAGUAGGGUGGGGUUUGGACCCGGAGACCAUAUUACACCAAGGAUCGCUGCUCAUGCUACAGAUACUCAUUUCAUAUUUGUCCUCCAGUUAGGUUAUCAGAACAUUUGAACUAACCUCACAGUUUUAUUUCUUGUGACCAAAAAGUGUGGGGGGGGGAUGUUCAACUGGCCCAUUACCCCUCAAAAAGUUGGUGGAAGGGGAAAUAUACCCCAAUCCCUUGAGAUUGACACCCAUGUUACUAUACAUCAGGGAGGCCAGGCCCUAAUAAUGAUAUAUGAACUGUGCCAACAAAUGACCAUAAAACUGAGUCUCAACAGUUUUUCUAGUCAGUCACAGGAACAGUGCUUCCACCAUGAGCGGGGGCCUUCUUGAGUAUAAAGUGACCCCAUGACCAGUCUCAUCUGUAUUAGACGCAUUCAUAUAUGAACAAAAAUCAGUAUUGUCCUUAAAAAUCAAUGUCUUCUAUCUCAAAAUGCACAUUUGUUCCAAACAGUUAUAUGGCACACUUUGUAUGCAUUUUUAUACAGAGCUACAUUCACAGAAAAAUAUUUUUCAAAAGCUUUCAUUCCCCAAAUUCAACUAAAACGUUUGUAUUUAUUUGGUAUGCAUAUAUUUGGAGACAUAUUUAUUCUGGAUGACGUUUUCAGUGAAACUAUUGUGGCCAUUUAGGUUUUGGUUAUGGAAUAGAUUAAAAUAAGAUAAACAAAAUGUGGCAUUUAAAAAAGAGAAUGUGAUUUGAUUUUCUUGAUGGCACGACACGGUCAUAAAACGAUGAUCUGAAUGACAAAUUUGGUGUGAUUUAUUUAAUUGAAUUCAAAGCAUUACUUUUCAAUUGGAUUUUGAAUUUGAUAGAGUAAACCUUUCGAAGCAGACUGGAUGUCUGUCGUGUAAUCUAAUAAAAUGUGAUUUCUACAGUAGUGACAAGUCAACUUUGUAAUUAUUGUUAUUUGAGAAUUUACAUAGAAGUGCAGAAUGCAAAGUAAUAUCCGAAUAAAGACCAAACACUGAAAAACA